CAAAGUGUGAUUGAGAUGGAGAGAUUACCAAAUUUGAUAAUAUUCCUCAAUUUAUUGCUUAUGGCAUCGACUUUCGCCAAUGCACAUGUUGUUAAGUCAAUGUUCCCGUUUGGAGACUCGCUUUUUGAUCCUGGUAAUAAUCAUUUUACCAAAAACUGUACAAUUCAAGCGGAUUUUCCACCUUAUGGCUCAACUUUCUUUAAGCGUCCAACUGGACGAUUUACCAAUGGUCGAACUGUUGCAGAUUUCAUUUCACAAUAUUUGGGGAUGGAGCUUCAACUACCAUAUCAAGAAUUAAGGCAACAGAUAGCAAAUGGUACUCGGAAAGAAUUUCCAGAUAACGGUAUCAGUUUUGCAAGUGCUGGAAGUGGAUUGCUGAAUACAAACGAACAAUGUGGGGUUUCACCAAUCCAAGUCCAGUUACAACAAUUCCAAGCCCUUAUUGACAACAACCAUAUACGUAAAGACCAAAUUCAAAACUCCUUGUUCUUACUAGAGUCGGGUUCCAAUGACAUUUUUGACUUUCACAUAUCUCUCUUUCCAAGGUUGUUUCCAUCAGCCCAUGUAGAUAAACUAGUGAAACAAGUCGUGAAUGUCAUUGACAAACUCACCAGUCUUGGAGCACGUAGGAUAGCCAUUUUCGGAGUAGGCCCGAUGGGAUGUAUUCCUGCUACAGUCCUCUUGCCCCAUGUGCCGAUUGCACCUCAAACUGCAUGCAAUGAUAGGAUAAACAACAUGGUGACGCAAUAUAAUAAUGAACUCCAAAAAGUAGUAAACGAUAUACCAAAAAAGUAUCCUGGUGUAAAAAGUCUUUAUGGAGCAGUGUAUGAUGUUACCCAAACUCUUCGUGCUGACCCGAAAAGUCAUGGUUUUGCCAAUGUAAAUGAGGCAUGUUGUGGGGCUGGACCCAAAAAUGGAAAGGUGCAAUGUGGGUUAAACGGUACUAGGAUGUGUGAGAAACCUAGUGACUUCUUAUUUUGGGAUUAUUUUCAUCCUACAGAGCAUACUUAUGAACUAUUAGCUAAAGCAUUCUGGGAUGGUGACACUAAAUGCGCGAGGCCAAUGAAUCUCCAGGCAUUGGUUAAUACUUAAUUAAUAUCCCCUAAUAUAUAAUUAAUCCCCUCAAACCUCUUUUUUAUAUAAAGGACUAGCCAUAUUUUUACAUUGUAAUAACCAUUUUAUAUAUAGUUGUUAUUUAUUAAAUGAUGGAUUAUGCAACACAAUUUGUUACUUUACUAAACUUGUACAAUAACCUAUACAUCUACAUGCA